AUGGAAAGCAAUACCUCAGGGAAGGCGACCUAUCGAUCAUUGUCGGUCAUAUACAACAGUUGGAGAUUAACUGGUCAGCUCAACUAAAGGUAGGAUAACAUGAAGGAGUCAAGCUUAUAGCUUUACGUUUAUGAAAAAAAAAUUAGGUUAAAAAGUUACUAAUUUUAGCUUUGAUAUUUUUGGCUUUUUUAAUUAAAAAUGAUUUUCCUUUGUUUCAAUAACAUAUUCAGUUUUACAAUAGUAAUUUUAGAAAAGACUCAUAUGUACAUAUUAACAAUUUCAGUGCCAUUAAAAUUCCACGGACACCUUCAACUCUACUGCAUUCAAGACGUUCAAAACGCGGCCGAAAUCAUCGAUCGAACCGACUUCCUGGUGGUUUUUGGCGUCCGAAAACAAGCAUUGAGCUUGAAAACGGCCGAAGAAAGCAAAGUGUUCAAGACCAACUUCUCUUUCCUAUUUCGAUCUGAAGGCGUAUUCAAAAUUCGACCACAAAUCGAAAUUGACACCGCACUGGAGCACUACAUGGAGGAACUGAUCGUACCAACUGUCUCGUUUAAGGUAAAGUCUCGGAAAUUGUUUUUUUUAAAGUUUAUGGAGCUUUUUUUUGGAUUUUGGAAUUUUGGGAAGGAUAGUAAGACAAGGCGACGUAGGUAUACCUGUGGCACCUCAUGCCAAAAUAAAAGAAAAAUGGAAAUAAGGUGGUUGUGACGUUACGUUAACUCAAAAGCCUCAAAUAUUGAUUCAAAAAAUAAAAUAAAUAUUUAAAAUGUUGAAUUAAACGUGUGGAAUUAUCAAAUAAUAGUUAAACUAAAUCAAGUUUUGAGCUGUAACUAGCAUUAAAAAAUUUGUUAUGUUUCGGCGGUUCUUUGAAGAUCAAUAUGGUCUUGAUCCGUCAAAGAAUCGUCCAGAUAUGACGCUACAAGUAUUCCACAAAUGACUUUCAUUUUCAAAAUUCCGACCGCUCAAUUUCAAACAAUUUUUUACAAAAAAUAGAAUUUCACACUUCGCAUCGUUUUUUACACGAAAUGUCACUCUGUCUUUAUUUCCUCUUUUGGCAUGACGUGUGUGGCUAUAGGUUAUACAUAUAUAAUGAAUCUUUUUGUUCAUUCUGUAAUUACUAUGCUUACAAAUAAGAUUUUUAAACCUAGCCUUGUUUACCGAUAAGAUUAAAAACUAAAAAAGAUGGUCAUUUCUUGUUAAGAAUGAGAUUUUUAUGUAUAAUAUUAUACAGUAUUGA